GAAAACCAUUGUCUUGGUUCGGCAGGCGCAGAAGAAGGAAGGUGAAGAAUGGAGCAUUUUCUGGUCUCUCUGUUGAUAUUUUUCGUGUCCGUUGUCUGCGUGGGCCUCUUCAUCCUGUUCUACAAGCACAAAUCCCCGUUCUCGUAUCCAAACAUUCCUCCCGGCGGCAUCGGAUUUCCGAUCAUCGGCGAGAGCCUGGAGUUCUUCUCCACCGGAUGGAAAGGCGAGCCGGAGAAGUUCAUCUUCGACCGCAUCAACAAGUACAAGUCCCACAUCUUCAAGACCUCCAUCGUCGGCGCUCCGGCCGCCGUCUUCUGCGGCCCCACCUGCAACAAGUUCCUCUUCUCCAACGAGAACAAGCUCGUCACCGCCUGGUGGCCCGACUCCGUCAACAAAAUCUUCCCCUCUUCCACCCAGACCAGCUCCAUGGAGGAGGCCAAGAAACUCAAGAAGCUCCUCCCCCAGUUCCUUAAGCCCGAGGCUCUCCACCGUUACAUCGGAAUCAUGGAUGCCCUCGCCCACCGCCACUUCGCUUCCUCCUGGGAGAACAAGGACCAAGUCCUCGUCUUCCCCCUCGCCAAGAGCUUCACCUUCUCGUUGGCGUGCCGGCUGUUCGUGAGCGUGGAGGACGAAGCGCACGUGGAGAGGCUAUCGGGGCCGUUUCAGCACAUUGCGGCGGGGAUCAUAUCGAUGCCGAUAGAUUUUCCAGGAACGCCGUUCAAUCGAGGAAUCAAGGCGUCGAACUUCAUCCGGAAGGAACUCCUGUCGAUCGUGAAGCAGAGGAAAGUGGAUCUGGCGGAAGGGAAGGCGUCGCCCACGCAGGACAUUCUGUCUCACAUGCUUCUCACGUGCGAUGAGAACGGAGCGUACAUGAACGAAUUGGACAUCGCCGAUAAGAUUCUCGGCCUCUUGAUCGGCGGCCACGACACCGCCAGCGCCGCCUGCACCUUCAUCGUCAAGUUCCUCGCUGAGCUUCCCCACAUCUACGACGGCGUUUACAAAGAGCAAAUGGCAAUAGCAAAGGCGAAAGCCCCAGGGGAGCUAUUGAACUGGGAAGACAUACAGAAAAUGAAGUAUUCAUGGAACGUGGCUUGUGAAGUGCUGAGACUUGCUUCCCCACUCCAAGGGGCCUUUAGAGAAGCCAUAAACGACUUCGUUUUCAAUGGCUUCUAUAUUCCCAAGGGUUGGAAGUUAUAUUGGAGUUCAAACUCUACACACAAAAACGCAGAUUACUUCCCCGACCCUUAUACAUUCGAUCCAUCAAGAUUUGAGGGCAACGGUCCAGCGCCCUACACUUUCGUGCCCUUCGGCGGAGGCCCGAGAAUGUGCCCUGGAAAAGAGUAUGCCAGGCUCGAGAUCCUCGUGUUCAUGCACAACUUGGUCAAGAGAUUCAAAUGGGCGAAGAUACUCGAGAAAGAGAAGAUCGUCGUCGACCCGAUGCCAAUUCCUCAGAAAGGCCUCCCCGUUCGCCUUUUUCCUCAUAAAACUGUCUCUGCUUAGCUCCUAUUUCUGUUGCCUAAUUGGUGUUGUAAGACUAUGAAUAAUUGAUAUAUCCUUCUUACUUAUUCCCCUUCCACUUUGAGUUGAUGUCUAUUGGAUGUAUUUUAUGGAUCAUUUGUAUAAAAUAUUAGAGUUGGUCAGAUAUUAUUGCAGUUUGCAGCAUAAAGAAAAAAGUCAUCUUCAUUCUC